AUGUCUUCCUCAUUCAGCGCGCUCCGUCGCAAGAAAAACGUCAAGAAGGGUAUCCAGUUCUGUCUGAUGGUCUGUGGUGCCAGCGGAACCGGACGCACUACCUUUGUCAACACUCUCUGCGGAAAGAAGGUCCUGGAAGGAAAGGACGCCGACGACGCUGCCAACGCUCACAUUGAGGAGGGUGUCCGCAUCAAGCCUGUCACAGUCGAACUCGAAUUGGACGACGAAGGCACCCGCAUCUCCCUCACCAUUGUCGAUACCCCCGGUUUCGGUGACCAGAUUGACAACGAAGCAAGCUUCGGGGAAAUCGUUGGAUACCUUGAGCGUCAAUACGAUGAUAUUCUGGCCGAAGAGUCUCGGAUCAAGCGUAACCCCCGCUUCAGGGACAACCGUGUCCAUGUCCUCCUUUACUUCAUCACACCCACCGGUCACGGUCUCCGUGAGCUCGACAUCGAGUUGAUGAAGCGCCUGUCGCCCCGUGUCAACGUCAUCCCCGUCAUCGGCAAGGCCGACUCCCUCACCCCCGCCGAAUUGGCCGAAUCGAAGAAGCUGAUCAUGGAGGAUAUCGAGCACUACCGCAUCCCUGUUUACAACUUCCCGUACGACAUCGAGGAGGACGACGAAGAUACCGUGGAGGAGAAUGCCGAGCUGCGGGGUCUCAUGCCAUUCGCUAUUGUUGGUUCCGAUGAGUUGAUUGAGAUCGAUGGCAAGAAGGUGCGUGCCAGGCAAUAUCCGUGGGGUGUUGUAGAGGUCGAAAACCCUCGUCACUCCGACUUCCUGGCCAUUCGCAGCGCCCUUCUUCACAGCCACUUGGCCGAUCUGAAGGAAAUCACCCACGAUUUCCUCUACGAAAACUACCGUACCGAGAAGCUCAGCAAGAGCGUGGACGGUGCUACUCCUACACAAGACUCUUCCAUGAACCCCGAGGAUCUGGCUUCCCAGUCCGUUAGAUUGAAGGAGGAGCAGCUCCGCCGUGAGGAGGAGAAGCUCCGUGAGAUCGAGCUGAAGGUGCAGCGUGAGAUUGCUGAGAAACGCCAGGAGCUGUUGGCUCGCGAAAGCCAGCUGAGGGAAAUCGAGGCCCGCAUGGCACGGGAGGCCAGCCAGAGCCAGGUCGAUGUCACCAACGGAGAUGCCUAA